AUGAAGGGCAAAGUUCAAGAGAUACCCUUCCGGCGCCACUACAAAUGGAUCCUCAUCUUCUCACUCAUCGCCACGGCUGUGCUGUUGACCCCCACACUCUUGCCCAAGUGGCUCGGCUUCACCUGGGCAUCAGCUGGGAGCUUGUGCACUGGGCGUGCUGAGAAGCUGGAGGAGAUACAACAGACAAUCAGGGAGCUUUCGAAUUUGGACGAAGCGGAGAGGCAGGUAGAAGAUUCAGAGAACGACUUGCUGCGCAUUUCAGUGAUAGCAGAAAUACAGUACGAGGACUGGCCGGACGGCUGUACGCAGCAGGAUUUCCUGAACACUAUCGACGAGGCAAAGAAUCGAGAAUGCCGUGAGAAGAAAUGCAAGUGGGGUUUCAGCCUGUUUGGUGGGCUGAACUGCGUAACGGUUGAUGUGCCGUGCAGCACAGCAGAAGCCCUGAAGCUUAGCGAUGCCUGGCAAGAGUAUGAGGUGUUUCAGUCGCGAAGGGCUAUAAACCCCAACAUAAGCACAGAAGAGUACCAGGUGCUGGUUCGCGAGGAAGGGCAGCAAAUCAUCAAGCGACUGCUGUGGCAAGUUGACGUAGCCUCUCAGUUCUACAUUGUGUACAUCAUCGUUGGCCUCAUCAUCGCAGCGCCCCUCUUUGUGUACAGGCCGAGCUUCAAGUCUAAAUAUCUGGGGACUUCGCUGAGCAUCAACAAGCCCUUGUGGGUUGUGAUCGUCAUUGUCGUCUGGUCGACCUAUGAGGCGAUCUGGGGAGCUGUACGUAACACAGACUGGCGGUUCUGGUGGGCCUCAUUCGUGGCCGACCCAUGCUUAAUUGACGCGAGCUUUGCAGGCCGGAGGAUACAGGCCAUCACGGAGGCUUGCAACGACAUUGGCCGCCUGAAAUACUCCUACGAAAACGCCACCUUCGGAAUUCAGGACGUGACCGCGAAUGCGCGAGUGUACUCAGCGUGCGGGAAGGAGACGCCCCUCAUCGAGGAGUUCAACAGCGCAUCCGAGCGGUGGGAUGGCGUGGAGUUCGUGGGCGUGUGCAACGUCACGGAGCUGAACGAAGGCACGGGCGGGCAGGGCACCGACAUCGACUUGUUUGGCGUGCUGCUGGGCACUGGCUUUGUGGCGCAGCUCAUGUUCAAGGUGGUGGUUAUACAGCUGCUGUACCACCUCAUUGGCUUCAUCGAGCCCCUUUGCACAAACUCAGGCCAGGUGGAGCUGUUCGGAGAAGAGGAGUACGACGAAGACGAAAUCAGGAACCUCAUCGAGUUCAAACGCGACAGCCAUCGCGUCCCCCUCGCCUUCUACACCCUUCUCUUCUUGCUCGUUUUCAUCAACGUCAUCUACGCCGCCGUCUGA